GGCAUUAUUUUUCUCUGUCCUCCAGACCACCAUAUUAACGUGAAAACGAAGAAAAUUCAGACUUCGUUGAGAAUAUUUUCUUUUCAUCAUAGACUUGUAACCAGUUGAGCUAUGCGCACUGCUAUCAUGGCCUCCGCAGAACCUAAGUUGGAGACUGCACCCUUUGACCCCCGUUUCCCCAACACCAACCAGACAAAAUACUGCUACCAGAGCUACCUAGACUUCCACCGGUGCCGCAAGAUUAGAGGGGAGAGCUACGAACCUUGCAACUACUUCAAGAAGGUGUUCACUUCCAUGUGCCCGCACGGCUGGGUGGAGAAGUGGGACGAUCAGUUGGAAGGUGGCAGUUUCCCCGGGAAAAUAUAAACAUGUAUUCCUACCUCUAGUACAUUCUACAAAAUAAUAGAUAUGUUAUUGUUGUGUUCAUUAAAAUUGAAAUUUCAUUUCGUUUCGAAGUUUCAUUUUGUUAAAUUGAAUGAGUUUCUUACACCUUCAAAAUGUAUUAUUUGAAACAUUCAAAAAAAUUAAUUUUGUUAUUGUUGCAUCUAGUUUUAAAGAACCGGCCAGGCUUGUGAAAAAUGUAUGGAAAUUUAAAUAAAUCUUUGAUUUUUUGAUUGAA